CGCUCACCCAUCGUCCAUAUAUAGUUGUUGUAGAGAGAGGGAAAGGGGCGGCGAGUUCGGGUGACGGGAGGGGGACUGAAAUUUGCGGCUCCGGACAAAGGAAUUGGAAUGGCUUCACCUUCGGAGUUGCUGGCCGUAGCGGUGGAGGCUGCAAAGAGCGCCGGAGAUAUUAUCCGGAAAGGGUUCUACCAGACGAAGCAUGUGGAGCACAAAGGCCAAGUCGAUCUGGUGACUGAAACAGAUAAAACAUGUGAAGACCUCAUCUUCCAUUUCCUCAGGAAGCACUACCCCGAUCACAAGUUCAUUGGGGAGGAGACGUCUGCUGCGCAUGGUACUUCCGAGCUCACGGACCAUCCUACCUGGAUUGUCGAUCCCCUCGAUGGAACCACUAACUUCGUCCAUGGCUUCCCGUUUGUCUGUGUAUCUAUUGGUCUUACUAUUGGGAAAGUUCCUACUAUUGGCGUUGUAUACAACCCAAUAAUGAAUGAGCUCUUUACUGGUGUUCGUGGGCAAGGUGCUUUCCUCAAUGGUUCUCCAAUUAAGGCUUCAUCUCAAACUGAACUGGUGAAAUCUCUCCUCGUAACAGAGGCUGGGACAAACCGUGACGUAUCAACUGUUGAUGCUACUACAAACAGAAUCAACAAUUUACUCUUCAAGGUGAGAUCAAUCAGAAUGUGUGGUUCUUUAGCUUUGAACCUUUGCGGUAUCGCAUGUGGUAGGCUGGAUCUGUGUUACGAGAUAGGUUUCGGUGGCCCAUGGGAUGUGGCAGGUGGAGCUGUGAUUGUUCAAGAGGCUGGGGGUCUUGUUUUUGAUCCAGAUGGAGGAGAAUUUGACAUAAUGUCUAGGAGGGUCGCUGCAUCAAACAUUCAUCUCAAGGAUGCAUUUGUCAAGGAGUUGAAACGGAACUAAAUGAGUCCUAAAGAUGCAUUCCUUACAGAGAUGAUGGGAACUAAAUAAAGUUCUUUCUCCUGAAGAAGACAUGAAACCUGACAUCAUGGAUGUCGCCUUUACAGUUUCCUUAUAAUCGAUCAAUUUUAAACUUAUUUUUCAGGCCGCCAGUCAUUAGUGCACUGCAGCUAAUUUAAUUCAAAUCGGCAUAUCAGCUUGUGUCUCUAUGUACUAUCAUUUUUGCAUGGUAUGAAUUCUCUAUUUACAAAGCAAGUACAAAUUUGUGUUGCUGCUUGCUUGCCCCUGAUUGGAGCAAUGCGUCCAACGCAAUCCAGUUUCUGGAUGCUGUAGGACUAGAAAUUAUAGUAAAACUAGUGUUGUAACAUGUGAAUUAUCCCUUGUCAGGCUGUCACUGGCAAUUGUUAGGGAUAUCUGCGGUUUGAGCAGCAUCUAUCAAGUAGAGGAAAAAAAAAUGGUGUGUCGUGUUAGUUUUUGUUGGUUUGAAAUAAAUCUUAAAUUCAUAGGCCCA